AUACCGAAAACGGUUACAUGACGUGUCGAGGAGUUCUACUGAUACGAGCAAGCAAACGCUUUAUUUCUCUCCACCUCUUUACUUUAAAACUAGCCUAACUCUUGUAUAUAACACACAUUUUUCAUAUUUUCUAUCAAGUUCACGCCGUCCCAUCGACAUUUAAGGUUCACAAUGUGUCUUUCCGGACUCACCCAAAUUCUCUAUGGACUUAUUAUGGCUGGUAGUGCUAUUUUAACAGCAGUUGCUUUGUUUACGCCAAGUUGGAAUACUGUUGAAAAUAAUGUGAAAGAUAUAACUCAUAUCAACACAUCUGAAUGGAAUGGCUUGAUGCCUUGGUCAUGUAUUGGUCACUCUCAGGGAACCCAGUGUCAGGAUUGGUGGGCGAAUCUUCCAGGAUGGAUGAAAUGUGUCGUCGUCUGCAUGAUCCUCUCUUUGAUUGUCCAAAUUUUUGCAGUUGUCUACAACUUUUUGACAUGCCUUGCCUGCUGCUGCAAGAAAUAUAUCAUCCAUCCACUCACCCUCUUUGCAGUCAUCUCUACUAUUCUUCUGCUCAUCGCUGUUAUUGUUUAUGCAGCUGAAUGGAAUCAAUUUACAAAUGGAAUUAAUACAAACUCGCAGCUUGGAUACUCGUUUUGGCUUGCAGUUGGAGCCCUCAUCUUAUCUGCGGCGGAUGUCAUUUUGGGAGCACUAACAGUGUGUCUUGGGGAACACUGCUGUUAAUUAAACUUGAUUAUAUUUAUUAUUUCCCUGCAUUUUCUGUGAUAUAAACUGCUCAGCCCAGACGUCGGCACCAAUCUAUUUGUUAAAGCUUUGUAAGAUUUUGAA